GCACAUGGGUUCAACAACGCACUCGUACUACAUAGUCCAGGCAUAUUAUAUUUCAUUUGUGUGGGUCACCGCUAAUCAGCACCUAAAAGCACUGCGAAAAAGGGCGAGAAAUGGACUCGGAGGGUGGUGCAUCGUUGCCGUCGUCCUGUCCCGACGCGCGGAAGCGGCGCGUGUCGUACUUCUACGAGCCGACGAUCGGCGAUUACUACUACGGCCAGGGCCAUCCGAUGAAGCCCCACCGUAUCCGCAUGGCCCACAAUUUGAUUGUUCACUAUUCCCUCUACCGGCGGAUGGAGAUUAGCCGCCCUUUUCCGGCCGGCCCAGAAGACAUCCGCCGCUUUCACUCCCCCGAGUACGUUGAUUUCCUCUCCUCCGUCACCCCUGAUACUCUCCACGACCACACCCACGCCCGUCACCUCAAGCGGUUCAAUGUCGGCGAGGACUGUCCUGUUUUUGAUGGGCUUUUCCCCUUUUGCCAGGCCUCCGCUGGUGGCUCAAUCGGCGCCGCCGUCAAGUUGAAUCGUCAGGACGCUGAUAUCGCUAUCAAUUGGGCUGGUGGGCUUCACCAUGCAAAGAAGAGCGAGGCUUCUGGGUUUUGCUAUGUCAAUGAUAUAGUGCUGGGGAUUCUCGAGCUUCUCAAGGUUCACAGGCGCGUGCUUUACAUAGACAUUGAUGUUCACCAUGGAGAUGGUGUUGAGGAGGCUUUUUAUGUCACUGACAGAGUAAUGACAGUGUCUUUCCAUAAAUUUGGGGACUUUUUCCCUGGAACUGGGCAUAUCAAAGAUGUUGGAGCUAAUGCGGGGAAGAACUAUGCUCUUAAUGUUCCACUGAAUGAUGGAAUAGAUGAUGAGAGCUUCCGUAGUUUAUUUCGUCCCAUUAUCCAAAAGGUCAUGGAGGUCUAUCAGCCAGAUGCCGUUGUUCUUCAAUGUGGGGCAGAUUCAUUGGCUGGUGACAGGUUAGGGUGCUUCAAUUUGUCUGUGAAGGGGCAUGCGGAUUGUCUUCGUUUCCUGAGAUCUUUCAAUGUUCCUCUAAUGGUUUUGGGUGGUGGAGGGUAUACAAUGCGGAAUGUUGCCCGCUGUUGGUGCUACGAGACAGCAGUUGCAGUUGAUGUGGAACCCGAUAAUAACUUACCUUACAAUGAGUAUUAUGAGUACUUUGGCCCGGAUUAUACUCUUCAUUUGGAACCAAAACCGAUGGACAAUCUGAACUUACCUAGAGAUCUGGAGAAGAUCAGAAAUUUCCUGCUCGAUCAACUAUCUAAACUACAACAUGUACCUAGUGUUCCUUUUCAAACAACGCCUCCAACUACCGAAGUACCAGAAGAGACGGAACAAGAUAUGGAAGAGAGAGUGAAACCUCGGAUUUGGAAUGGUGAGGUUUACGAGUCCGAUGUUGAAGAAGAUCCGCCUCUGCUGUGAAGUUUAGAUAGACAGUUAUACAUUUCAAACAACUGAACUGAGGUGUGGUUUGAGGUUGGCAUGUUCAGCACCUAGAGUUUGUUCACUGUUUUCCACAGUACUUCUGCUUGGAUUGGGGGCAUAUGCUUCUGAAACAUAACAAUGUAACACAGAAUUUAUGUUUCUGCCCUUGGUUAUGCUCAUUGCAUUCACUUUUAAAGAUUACUAGUGAUAAUGACCUGUAGCAAUUUCAUGCUUCUUUCUGUGAAGAUGUCUUGACGCUUCAUGCUAAUUAUAAUUAUCGUAUUAGAUUAA